GUUUCCCGCCUCAUCAAUGCCACCAACCUCCAAUCGACCCUCACACAUCACCUCCCAUCAACCACAAUCUAAGUAUUAGUAGAACCCCAAUCCAGUCCACCCAGGAAAAAGUAUUCCAUCAAAAUGUCCAAAAUCGACACCUCCCUGCUCCCCCACACCACCGGCCGCGCCGCCACCCUCGCAGCCGCCCACAGCACCCCACAUCCCCUGCAAUUCUACGGCGCCUGGUUCUGCCCCUUCGUCCAGCGCGCCUGGAUCGUCCUCGUCGAGAAGCGCAUCCCGCACCAGUACGUCGAGAUCAACCCCUACCGCAAGGAAAAGGGCUUCUUGGAGCUGAAUCCACGGGGGCUGGUGCCUACGCUGGCUGUUGGGGAGGAGGCGGCUGGUGGUGCUGGUGUUGGUGCUGGUGCUGCUCAGGGUGGGCUUGGUGGUGGGGCCGCUGAGAGGAAGGGGGUGCUGUACGAGAGCACGGUCGUCUGCGAGUAUCUGGACGAGGCGUACGUGGAUGAGGCGUUGCAUGGGGGGAGGUUGAUGCCGGAGGGUGUGUUUGAGCGGGCGAGGUGUCGGUUGUGGAUCAACCAUGUUGCGGCGCGGGUUGUGCCGGCGUUUUAUCGGCUCCUGCAGCAUACCGAGGGAAAGGGGUAUUCGAUUGAAGAGGCGAGGGGGGAGAUGUUGGCUGGGCUGAAGACGUUCGCGAAGGAGAUGGUGGAUUCGGGGAGUGGGGGGGAUGGGCCGUGGUUUUUGGGGGGUAGGUUUAGUUUGGUGGAUGUCAUGCUAGCGCCGUGGGCGAAGAGGUUGUUUUUGAUUGAUCAUUAUAAGCCUGGCGGAGUCGGGAUUCCAAAGAAGGGGGAGAGGGGGGAGGAUGAGGAGGUGUGGGCGAGGUGGGACAGGUGGUUCACUGCUGUGGUGGAGAGGGAGAGUGUCAAGGCGACGUGGAGCGAGGGUGACAAGUAUAUCGAGGCGUAUAAACGGUACGCCGAUGAUACUACUUCAUCAGAGGUGGGACAGGCGACGAGACAGGGGCGCAGUCUACCUUGAAAGCCAAGACUAGGUCCCUCAGUCACCUACCUACGCAUAAAGAGGUUUGUUCACUAUUGGAGUACCGAGUUGUUCAGAAGCCGCACGGCCCCAGCUCCUAGGCCCAGCAUACGGCUUGGUACUUAUCUAGGGUAUAGGGGAACCGUUGAGCUCAGCUACGUAUGUCACGGGUAUGAAUCAAAGAACUCCCAACGCUGUCUUAGUAUCCUG